AUGGCAUGGAAAACUCCCCAUCAUGCAGAAGGAGGGAGCAGUGCCUCUGUUGCACGAAUCAGAGACUACAGCAAAACUCUGCAUAAGAAAACUACAUUGUUGGGCUCUGUGGAUCUGGAAGUCAACAAGAAAACUAUAGUAGAACGACCAAUAGAUCUGAAAAACAGAAAACUAACUUUGCCAAUGAAUAGAUCUUGGCCAAACAUAAAUGCAGCAAAACUGGAGUUAAACCACAGAGAAGGCAAGAGCAGAAAUAUUCCUGGAAAAACAUCUAAUUUUGAUAAACAUUUUGCAAAAGUGGGUGAGGAUGAAUCAGAACAUUCACGCGAUGUACUUGAUGAAGAACAGUAUCCCUAUGAUACUGUAAAAACUUCCAGCUUGGAGGCAAUGCAUGCUUUGAAAAUUUUGCCUGCCAAACCUAUAAAAGAAUCCGAGUAUGCAGAUCAAAGGUAUUUAGGAGAUUCAGCUACUACUCACAUUUCUAGAAACACUAAAUCCUCUGUCAUCAGCCAGCCAAAGUCCUCUGACUCCCCUCGAGACUUAGGUCAAUGCAGAUAUGUUUCAGAGGAGAGCAGAGUCUCAAAUGUUAAAGGUCCUGCUCUAAAACAAAGCAUGAAGCCAAAACUUUUUACUGAAAUCACAAGAGAAAAAGAAAAAGUAAUUGGAUCACAGAACCCUUUGCCCCCUCCAAGGCCUCUUAAGACACUUCCAAAGCAAUAUCAGCCACUUCCUCCAGAACCAGAGGGAAGCAGCCAGCUGCCUCAUACAAGGAAAAUAUUUAGUCAGGCUCACACCUUUCCAAUGUCAGCAAAGAACACCAGACACCUAUCUGUUAAGGAGUUAAAUGAAGCACUUGGAAAAGGAAGAGAUAUCAACAGGGAAGUGGCAUUAGCUUUCCAAACAAGACAGCAAAAACAAAAAUAUCAUCCUUCAUCCAGCCCUCCUUGUAUGCCGAGUAGUAAAAGUUUUCAAGGCUCAGGAUCUAGAUUAAACAUACAAAACUGUUCAAUUGAGAGGUCACCAUCUCCAGGAAAGCACAAGCCUUCUGAAUGUAGAUCACAAGGUAUAUAUGUAAACCUGCCAACACUGCAUCUUAGGAAGCCUGCUGAAAAGGAUUUAAAUAAAUAUGACUGGUAUACCGGAGAAUUUGAUCGUCAGAAAGCAGAAGAGGCUUUGUUACAGGAGAACAUCGAUGAGACAUUCUUGGUCAGAGACUGUUCAACAAAAUCAAGUUCUGAACCAUAUGUGCUGGUCAUAUAUUAUGGAAACAAGGUAUACAAUAUUAAAAUACGUUUUCUGGAAGACAGCCAGCAAUAUGCAUUGGGAACAGGGCUCAGAGGAGAUGAUAAGUUUGGUUCUGUGCAAGAAAUCAUUGACUUCUACACAUAUGUUCCCAUUACACUUAUUGAUGGAAAGGAUAAGUCUGGAAUCCAGACAGAACAAUGUUACCUAACACACCCUUUUAAGUUGAACAGAAGAUACCUCUUACCCUAAGUGAUUUCAACUGUUUGUAUAAAUGUAGAAAUAAGAACACUUCAAUAUUUAAUAUCUGUGUAGAAAUUAGGAGAUUAGACUUGAGUUCAACAAGAAUGAGAACUCUUCAUUGUAUUCAUGAGAAACUUCCAUGAAAUGUGAUUUCUCAUAUGUGAGACUAGAUCAAAUUGUACUCUGCUGUGCAUGAUUAAAAUUAUGAAAUAUACAAAAGUGAAACUUCAAAUAGAGGGUGUUGUUGCAUGUACAAAUAAAUGUCAUAGUACAACUGCACAAAUAAAAGGUAUGAAAAGCAGUUAACUUCUAAGCAAUAUUUUGCCUGUCUUGCUGAUAACUGAUAAACUGUUUGAUUGCUUAUAUUAACAAAACCUCUCCAUUACUAGGAAUACAAAAUAAAUCCAUGAAACAAAACAAUGUAAUAUAUUAGAAUUGCAUUACAAAAUAUUCCCGCAUUUAAACUCAGAAAAGUUGCAUCUAACUUGGUGCUUAUUGUUUAACCAUUUCUCUAUUGGGGCAGACUACAGGCUGGUUUUAAACAAACAAUCCAAUCACCUGCUCAGUAGGGGACCAAUCCAAUAUUCAUGAAACCAAUUACAGUCUUUCAACAGACUUCAGCCACCACUGGAUCAAUCCUUGAGGGGCUCAUUUAGGAAUUUGGGGAUUGGUCCUGCUCUGAGCAGGGGGUUGGACUAGAUGACCUCCUGAGGUCCAUUCCAACCCUAAUAAUCUAUGAUUCUAUGAUUCUGGAUCAGACUUUAGGGCUGGUCUCCAUGAGAUAAAUCUUACUACUAGGGAUGACUAACAGUAACUAUUCUUCAGCUCAAGCAACAGAGGCUUGUGUUUCAUUCCCAAUUCUUCAAACCCUUAUGGAGGUAAGAUUACUCACACAUUUAGUCCCGUUGAAUUCAUACCCUAUGCAAACUUGAGAGGAAAUCAUAGUCAGAGGCACUAGAGCAUAAUUCUGGCCACUUUAAAAAUACACACACUAAAAAGUUUGUACAAAAAGAAUUUCUUAUGUAAUAUAUAGUAUAUAUUUACAUCAUUUGAGAUUUGCACAGUUUCUGUAGUUUAAAUUCAGCUUGAAUGUAUAGGGCAAACCUUGCUUCUGUUCCUCAAACCUUCAGUGGGUCUCUCAAGCGUGCUUCCCACGAGAUUGGUUAGAUGAUUAAAAUAUAAUAGAAAAUAGAAUCAGUCAGAAUCAGUUUAACAAAUCAGGAACAAGAAACAGUAUCUUGUCUGGCAGGAUGCAGGAAAAUAAUUGUUAUAGAGCCCUAAUAGGGUAUUCCAACCCCUAUUCUAAUUUCUACUGGGCGCAUCAAGCUGCAGAUCUGCCCUGAGAAACAGAAAGCCAUACCCAACUCCCAGACAGCCUCUCUCUUGGAGCAUACUCUGUCAAAGGAAACUCAGCACAGGAGAGAAUCCAGGUCACACACUUUAUCUCAAGUCACAAAAAUAUUAAAAUUCCAAAAGGAAAA